UGUAAAAGGACAAAGGUCGGUGGAGCUUUCUUUCACAGCGAUUUCUGUGUUCUUUCUUACUCCUUUUUCAUUCAAGGAGAAUAAAAAGUGCCAAAAGUUAGAAAACUAAUAAGCUCUCUCCUUCCAUUCCUUUUCUAGUUUUCUUUCCUUUUUUUUUCAUCUAUAUUUUCUAGGGUUUCUUCUGCUUACCCUAUUAACCGGGUAGAGAUUUUGGGACUUAACAAAGCUUCUGUACUCCCUUCUCAGUGAUAAAAAGAGUUCAGAAUUAGGGUUUGUAGAAAUCUUUAAAUUUCUAUAAUAAAAUCCAUGGAUGAUUUAUGGAGUGGUCGUCUUUCUACUUCCUCAAAACGCUACCAAUCAGCUCUUCAAUCGCGCGCAGAUCUUUACCUCGGGUUUGAAGAAAUUGAUGGCGAGGAUGAUACAAGGGCGGAAUUUCUGUGUCCGUUUUGUUCGGAGGAUUUCGAUAUUGUUGGACUGUGCUGCCACAUCGACGACGAGCAUCCUGUUGAGGCUAAAAAUGGGGUAUGCCCUGUAUGUGCAAUGAGGGUGGGGAUGGACAUGGUUGGACACAUUACCAUGCAACAUGGCAAUUUCUUCAAGAUGCAACGUAGGAGGAAAUUCCGCAAAGGUGGAUCUCAUUCAACAUUUUCUUUAUUGAGGAAGGAACUGCGUGAAGGAAAUUUACAAUCACUUCUUGGGGGCUCUUCCUAUGUAGUUUCUUCCUCCAGUACUGCACCUGAUCCUUUACUGUCUUCAUUUAUCUACAAUAUGCCCAUGAUUGAUGAACCGACAAUUGUUCCAUCUCAUUCUUCUGCUGAGGCAAGCUCAGUCAGUAAAAUUUCAUAUGAGAGUGUAUCAGAAAGAAGUGCUCAACCAUCACCUCCUUUAUCGGAUAAGGACCAGGAGGAGAAGUCUCGGAGAUGCGAGUUUGUACAGGGGCUGUUGCUGUCCACGGUUUUUGGUGAUAAUUUGUGAAAGAGGUCUUUGCUGCACAAAAGCCAAAUCGUUGUCGCAAGGCCAUUGACAAGUUUGUAUUCAAUGGAUGUGCCAAUAUUUUUAAAACAGGGAUAAGGAUAAGAGAGGGCAUUAGAAUGGGAUGUAAUUUUACUUUACAAGUGGAAGAGUGUAGGUCAGUCCAUUACAGACACGAUAAACUUUAUGCUUGCUAAAGUUCAUAUAUGAUGAUGAUUAAUUUCUUAUUAGCUUAA